AUGAGUCAUGAUGUUAUUAAAGAAGUGCAAGAGUUUUUCAUCACUGGUGUAAUGCAAAGGACAUCAAAUGAAACUCACCUACGGCUCAUCCCAAAGGUUACCAGCCCUAAGUCUGUAGCUGACUACAGGCCCAUUGCUCUGUGCAAUGUGUGUUACAAAGUCAUCUCAAAGAUCCUCACGAAGCGGCUUCAACCUCUACUUGAGAGCCUAAUAGCUGAAACACAAUCUGCAUUUGUACCAAAGCGAGCUAUCUCAGACAAUGUCUUAAUAACCCAUGAGAUAUUACACUACCUGAAGAAGUCAAAAGCUCAGAGACAUUGCUAUAUGGCCAUCAAGACCGAUAUGAGUAAAGCCUAUGAUAGGCUAGAGUGGGACUUCAUCAAAUCUACACUCCUACGGCUUGGGUUCCAUACUACUUGGACGAAUUGGAUUAUGCAAUGCGUGUCUACAGUCAGUUAUGCGUUUAUUAUUAACGAUGCAACUAGAGGAUUUGUAAAACCAGGCAGAGGUAUCAGACAGGGUGACCCCCUAUCCCCCUACCUAUUUAUCCUAUGCAGUGAACUACUUUCAAGCCUCUGCAAUUUGGGUCAAACUAAUGGGAAGUUCAAGGGAAUCAAACUAGCGACAGGCUCCCCAUGCAUAAAUCAUCUACUCUUUGCAGAUGAUACUAUGUUUUUUUGUAAGGCUAACGCAAGCAAUGCUCAGGUACUAAACAAGAUCCUAGCGACUUACGAAACCGUUUCAGGCCAACUGAUUAACACCCAGAAGUCAGCUAUCUCCUUCUCCCGCAAAACCAGUCAGGCAAGAAAAGACCAAAUCAAGCAAACACUUGGUAUUGAUAAUGAUGGGGGCUUUGGAAAGUACCUAGGACUGCCUGAGCAGUUUGGAAGACGAAAAAAGGAUAUUUUUGCGGGUAUUGUGGGUCGUAUCAAGUUGAAAUCUAUCAGUUGGUCCACAAAUUUCCUCUCGCGCGCCGGUAAGAUGGUGAUGCUGAAAACUGUCCUUGCUUCCAUGCCCACACAUGCAAUGUCGUGCUUUAAACUUCCCCAAUCACUAUGUGCCCAAAUCCAAUCUAUGUUGACCAGAUUCUGGUGGGAUUCUGCACCUGAAACAAGAAAAAUGUCAUGGAUCUCUUGGAAAAAAAUGGCAAAACCAAAGAAGCUUGGAGGUUUAGGAUUUAAGGAUAUCUCUACCUUUAAUGAUGCCCUUCUAGCUAAGCUCGGAUGGAGAAUAUUGAGGAAUCCGAUCUUGUAUGCUAGCUCGGUGUCUCCUAGGAAAAUACUGCACGGAAGAAAGUUUUUUGUCAUUGGGUCCGGCUCUUCAAUCAACGUAUGGAACGAACCCUGGUUAUCGUCAACUGAGCAACUACGGCCUUAUGGACCUGCCCCUGAUGAAUUCAAAGAUAUCCAAGUGGCUGACUUGAUGCUCGAAGGAUCAUCUGAUUGGGAUCACCAGAAACUGGAGCUAGUUCUCCCUUUCCACAAACACCAGGUGCUCCAGAUCAAACCAUCUCUGUGUAAUGCCCCUGAUGAACUCGUCUGGCUGAAGACAGCCUCAGGUGACUACUCCACGAAAUCCGGCUACAAUGCUCAAUCCGAAAGCCUGUCUCUAGUGGAACCAGCAACCCCAGAGGCUUCCCUUGAUUGGUUUGCAAACGUAUGGGAUCUCAAAACCUCAGAAAAGAUUAAAAUCUUCCUCUGGAACUCACUUCACGAUGGCUUGCCGGUGGGAGAACAGUUCGCAAUCAGGAACAUCCCAAUCUCAAGCCAAUGCCCUCGCUGCCCUGAAGUUGAAUCGAUCUUACACAUGUUCUUCACUUGUGAAUUCUCCAAAGAAGUAUGGAGCUUGGCGCCGCUUGCUACCCCAGUAACCCUGGACCUUAUACUCAACACAACUACUGGUCUCGAUCUCAUUAGAAGAAUCCCAUCACUGCCACCGAUUGGAUUGGGACCAGGAACUCUACCGGCGUGGAUUUGCUGGAACAUUUGGAUCUCCAGAAACCAAUUGACUUUCCAAAAAAGAAACUUCUCACCGAUGGAAACCCUAUCGAAAGCAAUCAAGGAAGCACGAGAUUGGUCUUUAGCUCAACUCCCCCACCAAAACCCCCAAACCGGUAACGCUAGUAUCGCCCUGGAUCCGACCAACGACCCACCUCAAGUGCGCAUGUAUACUGAUGCAGCCUGGAACCCUUUGUCGAAAUGCGCUGGUCUCGGUUGGAUCAUCGACGAUUCUGGAACUACCACAACAUAUUCAGCGACCUCCCCCUUUGUGGCGUCGCCCCUGAUUGCGGAAACUUUGGCUCUUCGAGCAGCCAUGAUCUCUGCUAACACUGUUGGAAUUACCGCUCUCUGCAUCUACUCUGAUUCUUUAACCCUCAUCAAGUUGGUGAAGAAGAAAGGAAGAAACCUAGAGAUCGCUGGAAUUCUCAACGACAUUUAUCUCCUCUGUUUUAAAUUUAAUGCUAUUCAGUUUAAGCACAUCCCUAGAGCUGAUAAUAAUAGAGCUGACUCUAUUGCCAAACAGGCUCUAGGAUUAAUGUAUGAACCUUAA